AUGAGGGCACCACAAAGCGACGACUACAUCCAGCUCGUUAGCGAUACGAUAGACGAAAAGGCAGAUGCACUCAACGAACUGGGCCAAUAUCUGUGGGAGAACCCGGAGCUUGCCUUCAAGGAGAAGAAAGCCCAUGACUACAUCACCCAAUAUUUGGAGUCCGAAGGUUUUUCCGUGACGAAGAACUAUAUCCUGGACACCGCAUUUAGGGCCGAGCACGGAGAUGGAGGGCCACUCGUCAUUAUUAUGUGUGAGUACGACGCACUUCCGGAGAUCGGGCAUGCUUGCGGCCAUAACCUCAUCGCUGAGUGCGCUGUAGCAACCGGAAUCGCUGUAAAAAAAGCGCUUGAAAGUGACUCUUCCCUCUCUGGAAAGGUUGUAGUGCUUGGCACUCCAGGAGAAGAAGGAGGCCAAGGAAAGGUUUACCUUCUUCGAGACGGAGCCUUCGAAGGUGCGGACGUCGCUUUAAUGGCGCAUCCGUUCGACAAAAAUAUUUCACAUCCUGUUACCAGUGCUCUGGCUCAGCUUCACGUGAAGUACGACGGCAAACCCGCCCACGCGGGGGGUGCCCCUUGGGAUGGAAUCAAUGCCUUGGACGCCGCCGUGGGAGCCUACGUCAACGUAUCCAUGUUGAGACAGCAGAUGAAGACCGAUUAUAGGGCCACAGGAAUUGUCAAGGAAGGUGGAACAGCCGCUAAUGUUAUACCCGAACACACGGAGAUGGAGUUCACUCUUAGAGCCCAGGAUAGGAAGAAUGUGCUCAUAUUGAAGGAAAAGCUGGAGAAUUGUUUCAAAGCUGCUGCGACAGCCACCGGUUGCUCUGUUGAAAUCAAAGAUGGCGGCCCCUUGGUAGACAACCUGAUUAGUAGCGAGCCCAUGAGCAAAGUCUUCGAAGCUUUUGCGAGAGCAGUCGGUUUCCCCCCAGUGAGCGGGGUAGACGAGAACACUGGAUCAACUGACGCCGGAAAUGUGUCCCACGUCCUCCCGACGCUCCACCCGUAUUUCAAACUAAAUGCGACAGGUUUCAAUCACACCGCAGAGUUCACAAAGGCAACAAACACACCAGAUUCAUUCGCCUUAACCUUGAAAACGGCCAAGGCGCUCGCUCUGACGGCUCUGGAAGUGAUGCGGGAUCCUGAGUUCCUGAAGGAAAUCAAAAAACAAUUUGAGAUCGACACGGCCGACGACAUGGUCGUGGCAAGAUCUAGGCUGUAAAGGUCAC